AUGGACGGUGCCGAGUUGCUGACACUGCCCUGGGCGCUUCAAAGCGCCUCAGCCCAUCUUCUUACGGGAGACCUUGUCGUGCAUGACAUUGAACGUUGGUGUCAUCGAAAAGCCGAACAAGGUAGCAUUGAGCCUGUCAUGGCUGUCGUGUUCUUCAACACGGGCCAAGACGCAGUAGACUAUGUCAAGAUCAAGGCUCACGUUGCUGCUCGAGCUGGCGUCAGCUACUGGGUAUAUGAGAUGUCCCCCGACGCAUCCACAUCACAGGUGAUGAGCCAAGUCCAGAAGCUGAACACGAACCCUCAAAUCCACGGGAUCCUUGUACAGCGCCCUUUGCCUGACCAGGUGAAUGAGCCAAAGGUAAUGGCGUCCAUCGAUCAUGUCAAAAACAUCGAGGAGUACACUAAAGGCUUGGCCGACAAUAUUGCUGCCGACGCGUUGGUCCGCUUGAUGGACAGGUAUGGGCUGCUGCGGUCGGCACAGCAGGCGAAAAUUCGAAUCGUCGGCUUUGGUAAUGUCAUCACGAGAGAGUUCAUUCGGCAGAUGAAGCACCAAUUCCCUUAUGUGAGUUGGUCUAAAGACUUUGAUCCAUCCUGUGAUGCCAAUCAAGACGAACAUGAAGCUCUUCAGUCAGAGGUUGAAGCACCACGCCGGACCAUGAUCAUUUCGGAGCUACAUCGCGGACCCGGUUUCAUCAAAGAAUCCAUGAUCAAGCCGGAAGUCAGUGUUUUGGUUGAUCUUGGCUUCUACGUCACCGAAAAAGGCGUCAUCGGCGAUGUGAGCCACUCUCUUUUUGACAGAAGUAAUCUGGCAAUUGCACCAACACCCGGAGGAGUCCUUCCAAUCUUAUUAUGGAUCAUGAUGGAGCGGACAAUUAAGGCCAAGGAAAUAAUUGCAAAGGAAGGGAUGCGAGGGUGCUGCUGCAUGACUAUGUGA